CUAUCCAGUUAACCCUAUGUAAAUCCUGCCAGAAACCUGUGGACAAAUACAUUGAGUAUGACCCUGUUAUCAUCUUGAUUAAUGCUAUUUUAUGUAAAGCACAAGCAUACAGACACAUUCUUUUCAAUACAAAGAUAAAUAUUCAUGGGAAGCUCUGCAUAUUUUGUUUGCUCUGUGAGGCUUAUCUCAGGUGGUUGCAACUACAGGAUUCAAGCCAAAACAUAGAUCCUGAUGACUUAAUCAGAUAUGCCAAGGAAUGGGAUUUUUAUAGAAUGUUUGGUAUAGCUUCUUUAGAACAAACUUCAUUUUUGGUUGGCAUUUUUAUUACCUUAUGGUGGAUGAGGCCUGAGAUGCUGAAAACAAAGUCUGACUUCAUUUUACUUUUCAAAGCACUGCUGUUGUCCAGCUAUGGAAAACUUCUGCUAAUUCCAGCUGUUAUUUGGGAACAUGACUACACGCCUUUGUGUCUUGCGUUUAUAAAAGUGUUUGUCUUGAUAUCAAACUCUCAGGCAAUUAGAGUUACAUUGAACUUGAACCGAAUGCUCCCUUGGUUGGCCAUCAUCUUUGGAUUAAUUUUGGAAAAUGGUGUGGUCUGCUUGUUCCAGAAAAUGGGAUGGGAUGUUUGAAACGUCAGCCCAGAUCUGAAGAAAUACCAACAACAGGAUGAUAAUUUUCUAAGAAUGAUCUCUGCCAGCAAGCUCCAAAGACACUAUUUUCAUAGUGAUAAAGAAGGUUAUA